CGCGGCGUGGCCCGCGGGGACAGCGGCAAGCACCGCGCUCCGGGACACCCGCGGAACCCCAGGUGUCUGCGCUAGUCUGUCCACCUGCUGCAGGCCCAGAGAGGACGAUGCGCUGGGGCCCUUUCUGAGUUUCCCAAAGUCCCCUUCAGUCCUUACAGUGGGAAAGGAAGGCCAUUCUGUUGUUUAGCGGGAAGACUUUUUAACCCAUACGUCUUAGAGGACAAUUAACUGUUCAGCCAUGCGCUCCAGUCAGCGCGAGGGUGCUUGAAGAGGUGGGGGGUGCCGUGCGAGCCGAUGGAGAGGCUCUACCCUGGAUGGCGUGUUCCGGAACCUAUCCCUCGAAUUAGCCGAGUCAGGCAGAGAGGGGGCGGGGAGUGCUUCCGCCCUUGCUAGGAGGGGCUGCAUUGCAGGGGAGACCCAGCGGCAGAUUCUGUCACAGACGAGGGAGAAGGCGUGAGGAGACAAAGCCGUCACAUCCCGGACAGCUUCCUUCAGCAGCCUCCUCCUCUCCAGUCCAGAGCCGACCCCCGAGCCCCUGAGGCAUUCCUUCCAUCUACGGAACACCCUAGUCAUUCCUUGCUAACAGGGAAUCAUGAGGGACCCUGUGAGUAGCCAGUACAGCUCCUUUCUUUUCUGGAGGAUGCCCAUUCCAGAAUUGGAUCUGUCGGAGCUGGAAGACCUGGGCCUGUCAGAUACACCUACCUACAAAAGCAAGGAUAGCAACAGCGUUGGCAAAAUGGGCGGGCAAGCAUCCGGAACGGAGCAGAAGAACCCUGAAGGUGACCCCCUCCUUGAGUACAGCACCUUCAACUUCUGGAGAGCUCCCAUUGCCAGCAUCCACUCUAUCGACCUGGACUUGCUUUAAGGCCGAGGCCUCUCUCUCCCGCACCGUACCCUCAUUGUCUUCCCUCUUAAGUCCCUUCCUCUCUAAGCCUUCCACUUUAAUCUUGUUCUCUUCCCUCUAUUGUGCUGGUGGUGCUGAUGAAUCUGCCAAUUGAAUUGUAUGUUUGUAUGUAUGUAUGUACUUAAUUACCUAUUUAUUUAUUUAUUUAUUUAUUUAUCUGCCUACUGUUUCUCUCAAAAGCCCUCUAGGCGCAAAGUCAAGGAUUUAAUCAAUGGAGUCCUAGAUCAUAGGAUUUCCUCCCCUCAGCCCCGAGAAUAUUAACCUAAUUCCAGAAAAAAUCACCCUUAUUUGAGGCACCAGAGAGAGGUAUAGUUGUAAAAAAUGGAAAACCAUUUUUUUUUGUUACGUUUUAAUCAGCUUCAAAGAUUACUGAUUCAAGAUUCCCUGAUUUCCUGCACCAGGCCAGUAAGCAAAUACUACUUGAAGAAGUAAUAAGAACCUGGAAGUUUUGAGAUACUUUCUAUAAAACAGGAUUUCUAAAAGACUAAGAUAAGAAAUUCUGCUUCUUUUUAUAGUGCAUUCUCUUCCCCAGAAACAUGGAGAUAGUUACAGGUGGAAAACAAGGGAAUGGGAAUAGGAAAAACAUCGUAUCAUUUCAGAGAUAGUUCCCUUAAUAUCCAGCUCACAACUCUGUUUCCAGCUGUGGGUUGGAAAUGUUCAGAAAAUCAAGAUUUGAGUCUUCACCAGGGAAGCUUCACUAUUAGGAUAAUUCGUAAAAGGCAAAAGAUGUAUCCUAUCUAAAGAAAAACCAGAAUAUUAUUAGGAGAAUUUAUAUAAAAUUGUGAUUUAGUCAUGGAGCAGGCGGAGUGUUUUGGUCCUUAGUACUUUAGCUUGCAUCCUGUAGUUGCAGUAUGUGGUAGGAAUCAGUGGUUCCUGAACACAGUUCUUCAGCUACCGUAAGACGGUGAAAUAAGCAGUUACAUUCAGACCCUACCCUGUCCCAACUACUUCCAAAGCAAUUGCAGCUGAAUUGUGGAGCCAUUUAUUCAUUUAUCUAAUAAAGACAUUAAAUCCUAA